GUCAGAAGCGAUGGAAAGUACACAGCCUUCCCGUUUCCUGAAGGACAGUUUCACGGAGGCACAACCGUGUCACCAUUAUUUCAUCAUCUAUCUGAGAAACUGUUUAACUGCUACCAAAGCAUCGAUUUUCUGUGCAAGCUGAAUAAAACACGAGAACUGAAAACGGAGAUUUUGAAAGAAGGUAAGCUGUUGGAGCACUUCAUCGAUCAGUUGAGACGAAGAACUCAUUCUGAAAAAGUUCAGACCUCCAAAAUUUUAGAGAAAAGUGUUCAUCAGGAUUUGUCGCCAAUUUUCCAGCCCAGUUACGAUUACACUGGUCGUAUUUCGGUGUGCCUUACCUCAUCAGAGCAUUUGGCGAUCAGCUCUGCGUUAACAAUAACGAGACCCAAUAUCCAUGUAAGUUUUCGCUUUUCAUGA